CUGGCACUGACGUGGCCCCGGAGCGCCGCCAUCUUGUGUGCCUGGGCGGAGAGCGGCUGAGAGGCGCGGGGGGAGCCGGCUCCGAGCGGGACAGCCCGAGGACAGCCAGACGCACUGCCCGGGGCAGCAGCUGACACCGACUUCACUGGCCAGUGAAAGCAUAUCUCAAGAUGGGAAAUAUUUUUGCUAACCUCUUCAAAGGCCUUUUUGGCAAAAAAGAGAUGCGUAUUCUGAUGGUCGGUCUGGAUGCUGCAGGAAAGACGACUAUCUUGUACAAACUUAAACUUGGUGAAAUAGUAACUACAAUUCCCACUAUAGGUUUCAAUGUGGAAACAGUAGAAUACAAGAACAUUAGCUUCACGGUGUGGGACGUAGGCGGCCAGGAUAAGAUCAGACCACUGUGGCGCCAUUACUUCCAGAACACACAAGGUUUGAUUUUUGUAGUUGACAGUAAUGACAGAGAACGAGUGAACGAGGCCAGAGAAGAGCUGAUGAGAAUGCUGGCAGAAGAUGAGCUUAGAGAUGCUGUUCUAUUAGUGUUUGCUAACAAACAGGACCUGCCCAACGCCAUGAAUGCAGCGGAAAUCACAGACAAACUGGGACUGCAUUCUCUUCGUCACAGGAACUGGUACAUCCAGGCCACCUGCGCCACUAGUGGAGACGGGCUCUAUGAAGGACUGGACUGGUUGUCCAAUCAGCUCCGAAACCAGAAAUGAAACCAUAAACCUUCCUCUUCCCUCUUUUUCCACCCCUCCCUCUUAUUUCCUCCUAUUCGCCCUUCGCUUUACUCUAAUGUGGCAAACUGUGCUACUUUGUGGUAUUGAGUGCCGGAAGCUGUUUUCAUUUCUUUUGUCACAGUAUAUAUUGCAUCAUGCUGUAAAUGUGGCAAAUACAAGCCAGAAAACAGUUAGGUUUCUUAUUUAAUGUAAAUAGUUUUUGUUUCCAAUGAGGCAGUUUCUGGUACUCCUAUGCAAUAUUACUCAGCUUUUUUAUUGUAAAGAAUCAACUCACUGUUUAGUACUUGGAAGGGAUGGAGUGGCUUAACGUAGGGGUUGCCAGCAGUCCUAGUGCAGUAGAGCUGAAUACUAUCUCGGAUGGGUUGUGAGAUCUGUGAGGUCCAUUUUGGUGGUUGGUUUUUAACCUGAAUACUGUAUUUUGUUUUGUUGUUUUUUUUUUUUAAUAGUCGAGGAAAAGUAAAAACACUUCAAGACACAAAGGUUUGCCAUAGCUUCUGCUGUUCUAGCUCUGACGUGGUGGUUCCUGAUCCUUGGGAAACUGAAGCAGCAGUUGACACCAGGUUGGCUCCGUUGGGUUAGAACACAGGUCGUAACUUACAGAUCUCUGGCUCUUUCUGUAGCUCACGUUUGUUCAUACUUGCUCCAAGAUUUGUCAGACCUGGUUUAGAUGAGUUGGCAGACUCAAGCUAAACCUCUGCCUUUUGGUUCAGGUGAGACUGGUCACAUCCACUGAGCUUGAAUCAUUUCUGGAAGUCACAUUUUUAGCCUGUUGUAUUUGUCAAAAGUGUUUUGUACUUUUGUGUGUAAACCACUCCAGAAGGCAAACUUUUCUACAGAAAGCACAGCCUGUACCAGUCCUAAGCUCUAUAGUCAGAAAGUACUGUACUUAAGUAAGAAUUGCCAUGAAAAACACCAAACAUCUAUGUAUAGUGUCUAGGGGAAUAAAAAAAGCAUGAGAGUUAGGAGAGUCAUUCCACUCUAGAAGUAUUCAAUCCCAUUUUGGAACAAUCCCAUAUCUGUAUAUGUGUGAAAACCCUUGGCAUCCCUCAUACUGCAAGGUUCAGAUUUGCCAUCAGAAAAAAGACCUCUUUACUUUUCUUUUGUAUUUUGAUAAACACUGAAGAAGCUGGAGCUGUUCAACUUUAACUUGAGGAACUAUCAGAACUGGUUUGUUUAGUGUUGUGGAAACCUUUAUUGCUUUCAAUACACGAUUAGUAAUCAACUGUUUUGUAUACUUGUUUUCAGUUUUCAUUUCGACAAACAAGCACUGUAAUUAAAGCUAUUAGAAUAAAAUCUCUUAACUAUUUCAUGUUUUUUAUGCCUUGCUGUUCAUUUGAUCAUCUUGGCAAAAUCAUAAUGAAAUACUUGUUGAAUAAAAAGUUUCAUGAAACUUGCA